GAGGAGCAGAGCCGGGCCGAGGUUUUCCUCAGGCAUCAGGAAUGUCUUCUGAGCCCACAUCGGCUGCUCCCGAGCAGUCGCCCUCCUCUCCGCCCUCGCCAGGCUCUCUCCAUCUGCCCGAGAGCCGCAGGUCGAGAGAUCGCUCCCCGUCUCCCAUGAGGGGCUACCUCAUCCCCAGCCCUCUCCCAACCCGACGCACCAGGACGUUCUCAGCAACCGUGAGAGCUUCCGAGGGCCCCGUCUACCAGGGCGUCUGCAAAUGCUUCUGCCGCUCCAAAGGCCACGGCUUCAUUACCCCCGCGGAUGGAGGGCCCGACAUCUUCGUGCACAUCUCGGACAUUGAAGGCGAGUACGUGCCCGUGGCGGGCGACGAAGUCACCUACAAGAUGUGCAGCAUCCCGCCCAAGCACGAGAAGCUGCAGGCGGUGGAGGUGGUCAUCACCCACCUGGCGCCCGGCACCAAGCACGAGACCUGGUCGGGCCACGUCAUCAGCUCCUGAGGGAGCAGGAGGGAGAGCCCGGCGGGAGGAGCUGCUGGGGUGUCCCCAAGGCAGGAAUGGGCCCACACUGCUGGUGUACAGCUGGCUUGAUACUUAGGAAAACAGUUCAAAAUAUUGAUGAAAAAAGUCUAUGUAUAUAUCUAUAAAUGUGUUUACAAAACUGUAUUUUAAAGAGACCUAGUUUGUGUGCUUUUUGGGGGGGGAUUUGAGAUGUUUUUGUUCUCUCUCUCUCUCUUUUUUUUUUUUAAUCUUGUCAGCGGGUUCCAGUAAAAGCCCGUGUGACUUCGGGGGAGAUUUCCAGGAAGUUUUUCCUAGAGCGACGGCAGUGAUGAGAGACCCGGCCCAAAGGCGCUGUAGGUGCAUGAGCUGGUAGGUGUCCCCUUGGGUGACACCUCUGGGCCUCGUUGCAGGUAACAAGCAGUGCCCAGACGCACUGGCUUGAGAGAGAGGGGUUUGUUGCUUCAGUUUUUCAUCGUGGAAGGACGUUCUCAAUCCRAGUCACUGCCACCCAACAGAAAGUCUCUCUGCUUGUUACACCCCAGCAGUUCUGACAGCAACAACUGGUUGCCCCUCAGGUGCAAUGCUCUCAAUGAUGUCUGCUUCUGUGUGGAAUAUUAUGGGUUUUYUAAAACCUGGAUUGUUUGUGAAUUUACUUUGGUGCCUUGAUGGUUGAUUAGCAACAGAUUUUAUAGGCCAGUACUUUAAAAAUAAUGAUAUAAAACAAGCAAAGUGCUUGGUUGCUUCAAGCUAAGCAGUAGAAUGUAGUAGAGUGGUGAAGACUUAAUAGCUUCCGACUGUGGUGGAACUUGCACCAAUCUGACCAUUGCCAUUGAUGCAGAUAGGUGAUGCAUGUCUAUUUUCCCUUGGAGAAGGCAGGACAAAGCCAAUGUAUUUCUAAAAGCAAGGGAUAUGCUGUUUGGGUGUGAGCACGUAUGCUUGGCCGCGCUCUGCUCGCCCUGGCCCUGGCUCUGCUCCGCCUGCAGGUCCCGUGGGUCCAGCGCGUGCAGCUCUGUCAGCUCGGAGCCUCCUUGCCCGCUGGACAGUUUUCCAAAUGAAGCA